AUGAGAGAGAAAUCUAAGGUUAGGGUCACGCCUGGGAGGAAGCAACUUGCAACACGCCUUGGUCACCUGGGUUGUCUCAGCAGGCGGUUACACCCAAGACUUGUAGUAGGUGCUAAUAGUGUCGGUGUAUUCAAAAUAAACUACCCUGCCCUGUCAAAUCCCGCCCUGUCCCAUCCCACCCAGCAACGCACCCAGCCUAGCCACGGACUGCCUAGCCAUGGUUCGCCUAGCCACGGCCCUCCCAGCCGCGGCCAGCCCUAUUCCGCCUCAGCCCGCCAUGCCACUCCUUUGUUGGUGCUAAUCUUACAUUUCCACACUCCAGAAAAUAAUGAGUGACGAAGGAAUGGAUCCGUGCGAGUGCUUCUGGAGUCAUGAAUUGGCCAUGAGGCGUUUGCUUUCUCUGCUUCGGCAGUCUCAAGCUUACUGCACUGAUAAUGAAUGCUUACAAGAGUUGCCAGGGGGCACACCAAACCCUCAAGGCAUAGAGAAUAAUUUCAUGCUGAUGGCCAUGUGCUGGAUGGUUGUGGUGCUGUUUCUAUUCCUUCUACGCCCUAAAUCUCUCCGCAACUCAAAAAACAACAAGCCUCGAGAUCAUGGAAAUGAUCCAAAUGGAAAUCCACCUCCCACAGCAACAAAUUGAAGGGCCAAAGAUUAAGUUGCAAGAGAGAAAGAGAGAGCUGCUUGCAGUUUUUUCAUGGAUGUAUUGAUGUGAAAUGUAUUUUCUAUCUGUUACUUGCCAAAGAGUAACUUUUAUGCAAUCGUGACAACUUUUUGCAUUGUUUUAGUAGGAUUUGUGCGGGUGAAAUUGGAAUAGCAAUUUUUCAUUUGAUGUAUCUAUUGUAUUUGAAGUAAGUAGAUAGCAACUUUCUACUGUGAUUUCUUAUUUUUGUUGAAUUUCUUUCUACUUAUUUCUUACUUUUUGUGUUUAUUUACAAAUAUUGCUCUCUCAGUAAUUCAACAUUUGUUUUUCUCUCUAAUUUCUGCAAAUUCUACUUACUAUGCAUAUUUUAUGUUAUUUUUCGCAUAUUCAAAUUGUUCCUUUUUUUCUUUUUUAUUCCGAUUUUUGCUAAUUUGCACAAAUAUUUGUAUGCUGUCAAACCAUUAAUGGAAAGCUUUGAAAUCCUUUACAUAAGCAUGCUUUCUAUACAUAAUUGUAUAAUAAUAUUUUUAUGGAUGUGUAUAUAUGUGAAUAUACAUAUGUAAAUAUACAUAUGUAUAUACUUACAUAUGAGGAUUAAUGUAACAAAUAUGUAAAAAAAAAGCUCAAGUUCAAUAUGAACUUUUCUCUGGUAAUACUGCUUGUAAGAAUUGAUAUCAGUUCAUUUCAUAAGAAUUUCAUUGAAAAAGGCUGUUAGGUUCAUUCUGUACUUUUAUUCAAUUAUUGUAAUAAAAUUAAUGAAGAAUAUUAGUGUUCAAACUCUUAUCAAGAUUUCAAUAUUUUGAUAUAUUGAUGACAAAUGUAUUUCAAUGAAUGUAUUUCUGUUGGUUCUGUUUCUUUUGACGGCACUAUUAAAACAUUCUGAAUGUGUGCACAGGGUUUUAAAAUGACACGUUUGUAGUUUUCAAAGAACCAGAAUAUAUAGUAAGAUUUAAAGUGUU